AAAAAAAAAAAAAAAAAAGUGGGAUUGACUGGUGCGCGCUAACUCUGGGACUGAAAUUUCAAUACCCAACAUGUCCACCAUUGCCGUCCUGGGUGGUGGCAUUUCCGGCCUCACAACCGCAUACUACCUUUCAAAGCUAGCCCCUCAUGGAACUAAGAUCAUAUUGACCGAAGGAUCGAACCGUCUUGGCGGUUGGAUUAAAAGUUGUCGAGUCGCGCCAGGCGAAUACGGUUUGGAUCGACACAUUCCAAUCUCAAGCAAUGCAGACAUGACGAACGAUAGUAACGUCCUUUUUGAGGGCGGUCCAAGAACUUUGCGGCCUGUUGGCCCCGGAGGUGUAGUGACACUAGACCUGAUACGCGACCUCAAUUUGACAGAUAAUUUAAUAGCUAUACCGAAAACCCAUUCUUCCGCACGCCAUCGUUACAUUUACUAUGAAGACCGCAUCAACACUCUUCCCUCUUCGUUAAAGGAGAUGCUGCUGAAUCCUCCUCCCAUUAUGAAGUCCGUCUUGUUAUCGGGUAUGAAGGAGAUGUUUGUUAAGAAAUCAAUGGCAGACGAUGAAAGCAUUUAUGACUUUACGGAAAGACGUUUUGGAACGCACGUCGCAACAAACCUGGUGGGUGCUAUGGUGCAUGGCAUCUACGCUGGCGAUGCGAAAGAGCUUUCCCUACGCACCACCCUCAAGAUGCUUUGGGAAAACGAACAAGCGUUUGGAAGUGUGGUGAGAGGCAUGCUACGCGGAGGAGCCAAAAUGGAUCGCUUUCGGGAACGUGGAAUGAUGACCCGUGCAAGGAACAACGAUCCCGAAUGGUUUGGAGAAAUGGAAGCUAUGAGCGUCAUAGGUUUUAAAGAUGGUGUGGACUCGUUGACACGAGCUCUUGGCACAUGGUUGGGACAGCAGGACAAUGUCGAAAUUAGAACUGAUGAAAAGGUUGAAUCCCUUGAUUUGACUACUGGAGGAGACUGCAAGAUUGUCACUAGUAAAGGUAUCAUCCAUGCAUCGCAUACUGUAUCGACUCUCCCUGCUAUACAUCUAGACAAAAUCAUAUCAAGCCAAAUACCGCAUCUCAAUUAUAACCGACAUGCGGACGUUGCAGUCGUAAACUUGGCGUAUGCCAACGAUCAAGCUAAACUUGACUAUGACGGCUUUGGCUUCCUCACACCCCAUGUUUCCUCUCAACAUACCCACCCAGUCCCAGGAACGCUUGGAGUGGUUUUUGAUUCAAAUGCCUUGAGUGGACAAGAGAGAGAUGCACCAUUAAAACUCACUGCUAUGCUAGGCGGCCACAUGUGGGAUAGUGCAUUUGAUAAGUCGAUUCAAGAUAUAGAUCCAAAGGUUGUGCGUGAUCGAGCUCUCCAGGUAGCCGAACGCCAUCUCGGAAUCAAGGCAACUCCCUCCCAUACCAUGACUCAUCUUCAUGCAGGAUGUAUACCUCAGUAUAAGGUCGGGCACUACCAGCGAUUGGGAGAGAUGCAUGCAGCUAUUCAAUCUCGAUUUGGAAAUGCGCUAAGCGUUACCGGAGCCAGUUAUUUUGGUGUCAGUGUUCCUGACUGCAUCAAAAAUGCUAGAGAGUUGGUGGAAGAGCUGACAGUAUCAGGAGCGCUCGGAUCUCGAAGCAAGGUGGUUACUGGAUUGAACCGGGUAGAAGAAGGUAAUGCAAAUGAGAGACUGAGAGAUAGCGCUAACAUCUCCAAAGGUCACAUUGAUGUUUUGAUGAAGUCGUAGAGCAUUGGAUAGGAACAUUGUAUAGUACAGGUUUUAUAGAGAUAUGUGGUCUGUUCUGGACUAAUCUCGCUUGUCUUAAUCGUAAGCAAGUAGAAAGGAAUUUCAAAGAAAAAUAAUAAAAUAAAAAGGAAACUACAAACGAACCAACGAUGACAGGGUUUCUACU